AUGACAACCUUCGUCACAAAUCAUUUGAAACCCUACGAGGCCCUGACCUCAAGACUCUCUUCACAGCCCCCUGAAAGUCGUGGAGUUGGAGAGCAUAUUACCCGCGCCAUUGCCGCAGCUGGAGCUGCUAAGAUUGGUAUUCUAGGUCGGGAUGAGAAGCGUGUGCAAAGCGCCAGAGAAAAGUUCACCAAAGAACAUCCCUUCACGCAGUUCCUAGGAUAUUCCGCAGACAUUAUUGACGAGACUGCUAUUGCCAUCAUGCUCAAGGACUUUAGCGUUCCUGACGUCCUAACCAGCAAUGCUGGCGUAUUCCCAGAUGAUGGGCCGUUCAUUUCUCAAGAUUUGAAGCGAUGGUGGUUGGGGUUUGAAACGAAUGUCUUGGGUACAGCAGUCGUCACUCAAAAGUAA